CCGACCCCUCGCGGGCCCCCCCGUCGCCCCUCGUGGCUCCCCCCGGGGGCCCUUUCUGCUGCCCCCCCCCCCCACCGUGGCCCCGCGUUCCCCCCUCCCCUUGGCCCGCCCGGGGGUCCCCGCUGCCCUCCCUCCCUUUCCUCCCGGGGCAGCUUCGCGACUCCCCGUCCCCCUCCUGCCCGCCCGCGCCCCCCGGCCCCCCCUUUCCGCUGCCCCCGCGCCCCCAUCCCUUCUCCCGCUCUUUCCCCCCCCCCGUCCCAUCCCCUCCACAGGGAUUCCCGCGCCGCAGGAAUUGCCGCUGGUGAGCGUUUGCCUUCCAGAGCCUUCCCCGGCCAUCCUCCUCCUCUUCCUCGCCCUCCCCAGCUGCCGGGGGUUUUCCCCGGGGGAGGACGGUCCAUCCUCAGCCCCUCUGACCUUUCCCUGGCUCUGGGGCAGGAGCAGCCCCGUCCCCUCCUGCCCCCUCCAAACUCCCGCUCUCUGCUGCUUUCUGCGCUCGCUGUUCCCCGUCCCGGGAAGGAGGAGGCUGGGAAUUAGGGGUAGAGCUCUCUGGAGCCCCUUGCCCUGCCACUCCUGGCUGCCCAACACCUCCUGCUCCCGCCGCUGAUGAGGGUGUGAAGGCCAAGCUGACCGGGAGGAGGGACUCUCAAGCAGCUGCUAAGAUGGGCAUGAGGAUCAAGCUGCACAGCACCAACCACCCCAACAACCUGCUGAAGGAGCUCAACAAGUGCCGGCUCUCCGAGACCAUGUGCGACGUCACCAUCCUGGUGGGCUCCCGCUCCUUCGCCGCGCACAAGGCCGUGCUGGCCUGCGCCGCCGGCUACUUCCAGAACCUCUUCCUGAACACGGGGCUGGACACUGCCAGGACCUACGUGGUGGACUUCAUCACGCCGGCCAACUUUGAGAAGAUCCUGAGCUUCGUGUACACCUCGGAGCUCUUCACAGACCUCAUCAACGUGGGCGUCAUCUACGAGGUGGCGGAGCGGCUGGGCAUGGAGGACCUGCUGCAGGCCUGCCACUCCACCUUCCCCGACCUGGAGAGCUCGGCCAUCACCAAGCAGCCCUCCCUGUCCGCGGGGGAAGGCCGGGCAGGGCCGCUGAGCAGCACCUCCUCGGAGCAGAGCCACUCCUUGGGUGACAUCCGGAGCAGCACCGAGCACCUCGGCCCCGAGCGGAAUUACAUCCUGCACGGGGACGUGUCGGGCGGCUACAAGGAGGACGACAGGAAUCCCGUGGGUGAAGCCAGCCAGGCUCUUCCCCUGAUGCAUCCACAGCAGCCUCCCAAGACGGAACAGGGGCCGGAUCCGGGGCAGUUCGCUCCGGCCGCGGGUCUGGGGGCCCAGCCCGGCGGGAACGUCGCGGCCCAGACCACCGGCAGCUCCUGCUCCCAGUACAAGGCCCAGAGCAACGGCGACUACGGAAAGGGCGGCUUCUUCCCCACCGAUCCGUCCCUGGAUGUCUCCAUGGGGAGCAACUCCUGCCCCAGCAACAGUGACCACUCCAAAGAGCAGGGAUUCGAGCAGAUGGAUGAGCUGCAGCUGGAGGAUCUGGGAGAGGCCGAGCUGCAUUUUGAGGAUGCUGGAGAAGAGCUGGGCCCUUCCGAGGAGGUGAUUGAGCUGAGCGACGACAGCGAGGAGGAACUGGCCUUCGAGAGCGACGGCCGGGACAGCAAGGCCAUGCCCUGCCAGGUCUGCAAGAAGGUGCUGGAGCCCAACAUCCAGCUGAUCCGCCAGCACGCCAGGGACCACGUGGACCUGCUCACCGGGAACUGCAAGGUCUGCGAGACCCACUUCCAGGACCGCAACUCCAGGGUCACUCACGUCCUGUCCCACAUCGGCAUCUUCCUCUUCUCCUGCGACAUGUGCGAGACCAAGUUCUUCACCCAGUGGCAGCUGACGCUGCACCGGCGGGACGGGGUCUUCGACAACAACAUCGUCGUCCACCCCAGCGACCCCCUGCCCGGGAAGGUGGCCGUGUUUGGGGGCGGGGGGAGCCCCGAGCUGGCCUGCGCUGCCUGCGGGAAGCCCUUGGCCAAAGAUUUCCACACCGUCCGGAACCACCUCCUGGAGCACGUGAACCUGAAGAGCCAGACGUGCGGCGUGUGCGACCAGAGGCACCUGAGCCUCUGCAGCCUGCUGUGGCACACCCUGUCCCACCUGGGCAUCUCCGUCUUCUCCUGCUCCGUGUGCGCCAACAGCUUCGUGGACCGGCAGCUGCUGGAGAAGCACCUGGCCGUGCACCAGCACGUGGAGGAGGCUCUUUUCCAGUGCCACUUCUGCAGCCAGAGCUUCAAGCUGGAGGCGGCCUAUCGGUACCACGUCAGCCAGCACAAGUGCGGCGGGAGCCUGGACAUCCGGGCGGGGUUCGGGGAGCGGCUCCAGCCGCAGGGGCUGCCCAAGAGGAAGCUGCCCGAGGAGUUCCUGAGCGAGGAGCUGGCGCUGCAGAGCCAGCCGGGGAACAGCAAGUACAGCUGCAAGGUGUGCGGGAAGAGGUUCGCCCACACCAGCGAGUUCAACUACCACCGGCGCAUCCACACCGGCGAGAAGCCCUACCAGUGCAAGGUGUGCCACAAGUUCUUCCGCGGGCGCUCCACCAUCAAGUGCCACCUGCGGACGCACUCGGGGGCCCUCAUGUACCGCUGCACCGUGUGCGGGCACUACAGCUCCACGCUCAACCUCAUGAGCAAGCACAUAGGGGUGCACAAGGGCAGCCUGCCCCCGGACUUCACCAUCGAGCAGACUUUCAUGUACAUCAUCCAUUCCAAAGAGGCCGAGAAGAACACGGAUAGCUGAUGGGGGCGAGGCAGGAGGAGCGAGCGUUUUUCGUUAGGGAGGCCGUGGAAGAAAAAAAAAAGUGUCGUUUCUUUUAUUUAAUGGUCAGGCAUCAUGGAUGGAAUUCUCCUUUUCGGGGUUUUUUGUUUGUUUGUUUGUUUGUUUUAAUUUUUAUUUUUUGUGCCUAUUUAGGGCUUUUUUUAGAUUGGUGGCGUUGUACAAAUUAACAGCACGUGAGGUACAUCACUGUUUCAAGGAGUCUGUCGUGUUUACUUAACUCUGGUCCUGUUAGAGGCCAUCGAGUUCUGUGUUUUUGGUAUUCCUCACUAGUUUUUGAGUCUAGAGUCUAUUUUUUUGAGCCUUCUAGCCCACUCAACCAGGCUAACCCUGAGCUUGUCCACAAACUGAUGCUGCUAAGAUUUUCACACCUGACCUCAGUGGAGAGGGACAGAGCCAGAGCAGGUGCUGGACUCGAAGGAAAGGAACAAAAAGGAAAGAAAAAAGGAAAAAAAAAAAAAAAAAAGACGUUCUGGGCACCCCUGGGGUUCUGCUGCUACUGCCAGAAGAUGGGCCAAGAGUGUCCUGAGAUUGGCCAUCGCUGGGUCACCAGGGAGAGGAGCAGGAAGCGUGUGAGUGUGCAGAUGAGGAGGGGGAUUCCCACAUUCCCAGCUGAGGUUCCCCUGCCGUGGCUGUGACACACUCGCUCGUGCCCUGAGGAGGAGAUGGAGCGACACAACCUCCCUGCAGAGCCCGAGCAGAGGCGGCUGCGCAGGCACAGGGAUCUCUCCGGGCUGGAGAGGGAGGGGAAGCAGGUCCGUGUUCCUGGGAGGUGAUCGGGGGUGGCCGUGGAGAGCCCCUGGAAUCCCCCGGCUCGGGGCUGCCGGACGCCCGGCGGGUGAGACGCGAUGAAGCCGUUGCCUUAACUCCCUGGAAGGUACCUUCGAGGGCCCUUCUCCUGCCAAAGGGAUCCUCCCUGCCACGAAGGGAUCCCCCCUGCCACGAAGGGAUCCUCCCUGCCACGAAGGGAUCCCCCCUGCCACGAGGGGAUCCCCCCUGCCACGAGGGGAUCCCCCCUGCCACGAAGGGAUCCUCCCUGCCAUGAAGGGAUCCUCCCUGCCACAAAGGGAUCCUCCCUGCCACGUCGUGGAUCACCACAUCCUGGACCUGUCUGGUGGCAAACGUGCGCUGUUGGAGCGAUGUGAGUUUGUUCACAGAGCCGGAGUCGCAGCACUGGCAGCCACUGGGGACCUCAGCUUGGCCUCUCUGGCCACGUGCCAGGCACUCCUGGGCACGGGGGGCUCACCUGGGCAUGGGGGGGCUCACCUGGGCAUGGGGGGCUCUCCCAGCUGCUUGCCAGGGCACUCCUGGACACACAGGGCUCUCCGGAGUAUAGGGAAGCUCUCCUGGGCAUGGGGGGGUCUCCCAGCCGUGUGCCAGCUCCUCCUCAAUGUGGGGGGCUCUCCCAGGCACAGGGGUCUCUCCCAGACAUGUGUUGGGCAUCCCUUGGCAGGGGGGGCUCUCCCAGCCCCGCGUCGGGCGAUCCUGGGGGGUCACUCCUGGCCCCACCAGCGAGCUCAGCCCGUGCUGACAGUGUUUACACCAGGAAGGGUGGGAAUUGGCUUUUUCCCAUGUUAUCCUGCUGCGGGGCAGAGGUGGGGAGGGACAGAUAAUUCCGAGCUGGGGCUGCCCUUCGGGAACUCAUUCUACCUCACAAACAGGAAGCGCUCGGGGCUCUCGGUGGUCACAGGUCGGCUCCUGCGCUUCUGUCAAGUUUUGCUGUUGCUGAACUAAACUAAACUAAACUAAACUAAACUAAACUAGUGAUUUGCAAACCCCGGAAACUCACCCCGCUGCCCCUUCCCUGGGGAGGGACACCCGGGAAGGGACGUCCCGCGGCGGGGGCCGGACGAGCUCAGAGCGCCCGGGGCCGUCCCCCCGCCCCGCCGUGGCCUUGGGCAGGUCACUUCACCUCUUUGCCUCAGUUUCCUCAUCUGUAAAAUGAGGGUGGUACCUCCCCUGGUACCGACCUACCUCCGGGAGCGGGGGGUGCCUGGGGCCUGCGCUCGGAGGGGGGAGGCCCCGAAGCGAAGGUCAGCCCUGGGUUGGUCUGGCUGCUGCAGCUCUGGGGUCCCAGCUCCGGCCUCGUGGUCCCGGCUCGGGGGUCACUGCAGAGCCGUGUUCAGCUGAGUGUGGUUGAGUUUUACAAAAAAAAAAAAGGAUCGUUUUGGGAAAGCUUGGGGCUCUGGGAAUCGGGGGGAGCUGGUGGUGCUUCGCUGGGGGCUCCUCUGAGCUGCUCUUUGGGUUCCAGGGUUUCUCUCAUGGAAUCACGGGAUGGAUGAGGCUGGAUGGGACCACUGGGGGUCACCCAGACCCACCCCGUGCUCACACAGGGUCCCCUCGAGCGCAGAACUCCGGGCUGUGUCAGGAGGGGACAGGGAAAGGGGCAGGGACAGGGAUGGACACAACCUGCCCUGCUCUGGAGGUGGCAAUGAAGGAUGUGAGGGACAGACAAGGCUGGGAGAACCUUGAGACCCUCCUGGAACGUUCCAGAAGCCGUGGUGAGCUUUGGGAAGGGCCGGGGCACAGCACCUGCAGCCCCAGAUCUCAAUAAGCUGUGAAGCAAAAGCCUUUUGUGCACAUGAACCAAAAAGAGAAGCUUUUACACUGAAACACUUAACGGGCACAACCGGCCCUCGCUCCCAGCCCUGGGGGGAAAGCAGGAGCCAGCUCUGAUCCCUGGAAUUUCUCUUUGCCUGUGAUGUAAUGGAUCAUUCCCACGUGGAACAUCCUGCAGCAGGGGACAAGGGGACAGGUCUGGACCCACCACUGCUCCUCCUCAGGGAGGUUUCUGGAGGGAUCAGAGACUUGAGGCUCCCUCUGGGAGGGUCCUGGGCCUCCCUGAGCCUGCAGAGCUGUACAGGGAUGUCACCCCUGCUCCCUCCCGUCCCUGCUCCCCUCGGUGACUGCAGGGACACCCACCUACCUCCCCUGGGCCGGCCUGAGGUGUUUGCCAAGUGCUUUGGGGUCCUGGGGCAGUGGAGGGGGGUGCAGAGGGGAAAUGCCGGGUCCUGGAGCCUCCCAGGGAGCUCCGACAGGGAAUCCCCUUCCCGGGGCCUGCUCCGAGCCCGUCCCCAACACAAAGUUCAUUUUCCCCGUUCCCAACAGAUCCAGGUCUCUCAUCAGAGUAAUGAAGCAGAAGAAAGAACCAGAGUUGAAAUUGCUGUCUAACCUUUUCGUUAAGUUAAUCGUAGGUACUGACCUCCUGCUAUUUAAGUGUUUACUAUCUAUUUGCUGUAAAGUUUUGUAUAUUUUGUAAACUUUCCCCCCAAAAUCGUAGAUGUCUAAAAUCGUUGUACAUCGGGUUCUUUUCUACUCCAUUGUUCAGCACAAAGUGUGGUUUUUAUUUAGAAUAAUAAAAAGGAAAACGUUGA